GGCGGGAGCGCGGCCGAGCGUGCGGACAUGGGCCGGCGGCCGCCCCAGGGCUGCGGGCUCCGCGCCCUCCCCGCGCCGCUGCCGCCGCUGCUGCUGCUGCUGCUGCUGCUCCGGCCGCCGGCGACGCCCGGUGUCACGUGCCCUCCUCCCACAUCUGUGGAACAUGCAGACAUCCGGGUCAAAAGUUACAAACUGAACUCCACCGAGCGGUACACCUGUAACACUGGCUUCAAGCGGAAAGCCGGGACGUCCACCCUGACAGAGUGCGUGCUUAACAAGACCACGAACACUGCCCACUGGACAAUUCCCAAUCUCAAGUGCAUCACCAGUUCUGAAGCAAGUCUCCACCCUCAGGCUCAUAAAUGCCAUGUGGUUAUGCUCUCUCUAGGAGACCCCUCCCUGACUCAUCUAAAGCCAUCCUCUACAGAAAUGCCGGCAGGGGUGACCCCAGAGCCAGAGAGCACCUCCCUUUCUGGAAAAGAGCCAGCUUUCACUUCCAAGUCAGACAGCACAGUGGCCACAAAGGCAGCUACUGAGCCAGGCUCCAGGCUGAUACCAUCAAAGCCUCCGGCUGUGGGAACCACAGGGGUAAUCAAUAAUGAACCCUCCCGAGCCCCAGCUCAGACAACAGCAAAGGCCUUGGAACACACCCCCUCUGCCUCGCAGGAGACGCCAGGUACCUAUUCAUACAGUUCCGGAACUGUGACUGCGGCCAUCGUCAUGCCUGUCACUGUGCUCUGUGUAGUAUGUGUGGGACUUCUGGUGUGUUACAAAAGAUCCAGGCAAACUUCGCAGAUACGCACUGUUGCAAUAGAGAACAUGGAAGAGAUACCAAUGACUGGGGGAACCAACGGCAGAGACGAGGAUGCAGAAAACCAAGCACACAACCUAGGAAACUCCAGGGGGAAGCUGAGGGCAGCCAAGGCUGAAGCAAGGAUGCCAACUCUUCCCUAGCCGAAGAGGUCCAAGGAAAGACUCAGGUGUUGGGCGCCAGCAAAGAGCCCGUCAGGAUGAUAAAACAAACAUGUUGGUGUCAUUUUAUCGACCGUGGCCAGCCGAGACACCUCCUGUAUUUGUAGCCUCUCCAGUCUCAGGAUGCCCUGUCUCAGGAGUAGGGCUGACUUCCUAAAGUCCUGGCACUUGAAGCUUUCCUGGGAGUGGCUGGACACCUCGGCCUUCCUUUUACUUCAUUAAGACAUUUAUUCAGGAGAGCUCAUCAGCUUGACUAUUCCAUCCCGCAUCCCGACUUGCAGUUCACAAAGAAGAGAAAUAAAUACACCUGCGGCUGGAAGAGAAUUACGUGGCUCCUCCUGCCUUAUGAGACGGCUGCGAGGAUGAUGACGUCAUCGUAGCUCCUAACCACCGUCUCUCCAGUUAGGUGCUCUGCAUGCACUGAAAAGGAGCAAAGAGGUACUGUGCCCAGUGAGUCCUCUUGAUUUAAGGAUUCAGAAAGAAGGAAACUGAACUCAGUGACAUUUCCCAUAUAUACGUUUUUCUAUUUAUACUCCUUGUCAAUUAUAGCUACAUAUUUUAUAACUGUUAUUUUGAAAUUGUACCUUGUAUAAACAAAAUGUCUAUUUUCAAUACAAAAAAAAAAAAAUAGUGCACUGAAAGAAUCACUGAGGAGAAACAUACCACAAAGAAAAAAAA